AUCGGCGGUGUCUCCUCCGAUUGCUGUACUUCCGUGGCGAUCCUUAACUUUAAGAUCCGCGGUGGUGUCUGUGGUGCAGUGGGUGCCAAAAGUAAUGGCAGUGGCUGCAGGAUCACCAUUUGCGCCAAUGGCGAGGCCCUCGUGGGAACCUAUUGUGGAAAGGCAGCGUGUGAUAUUUUCGGAUGCGAUUGUAUAAACGGUUGCCUGCAUGGUAAUUGGGCCCAGGACUUUCUGAGAAAAAACUAUUUACAUGGCAUCGAAAUUUUGGGAACUGAAAUGGCCAACGAGUGUGGCUUUUGUAAGUUCCUUAUUGACAAUGGAAUCACGAAGUUCAGAUUUUCAAAAGCUCUAUAG